CUACUCACUGUAUGAUUGAACAUGAAUACCCGACCUCGACCAGUUACUGCUACAGUGACCAAACCAAAAUGGAUGGAGCCCCAUGUUAUCCCCCGAAGGUCAAGGUCACUAGAAUCUAAUGGGUCAACUGCAUCAUUAACAUCCGUCCUAGAUCAUGACAGUUAUGAAAGUCCAGACAUUAGCGAAGAUGAAUGGGAAAGACAAGAACUCCGCAAAAAUGUUGAAAAUGAAGAAAAGACAGUCCAACAGGAUCGUAGAAUAGCCAGAAACAGGUCCUCCCACAAAGAGAGGGCACCAGCAAAGAGUCAGGAGAGGGUCAGAGUUCAACGCAAAAAUCGGAUAACAGCACAUCAGAAGGACAGAAUAUCAGACUAUGACACAACAGCAGAGUACAGUAAGAAUGUGGGAGCAGGUCUCUCUCCAUGGGAACAGUGGCUAAUACAGAAGACAAAGGAGGAACGAGUGAAAAAACAGCAAGUAAAGAAACACAAGCAGGAGGUCCGGGAGGAAAAGGAGAGGAGGGCCGCGGAGAAAAUACAGAAGGAGGAAAAGGCAGCGGAAAAACGCUCUGAGUGGCUCAAACAGAAAAAUUACGAGGAAAAAUUACGAAAGAAACUAGAAAAACAAAGAAUCCAAACAGAGGCUGAAAUUAAGGCUCAACAAAACAUGAUAACAAAAAUGAAAGCUGAAAGGAAAUUUGAAGAAUGGAGGGAAAAGAAGGAAGAUAUGGAAAAAGAAAAGAAGGAGACAGAAAUGCAGAAAAAGAGAGAUCUGGAGUUAGCGGAGAAAUGUCAGAAAAUAAAGGCCCAGCAGAAGUACGAGGAGUGGCUGAGGAAUGCAAAGAACCGCCCCAAAUCCAGUCAGAGCUUCGGGUACACUGGGGGAAAACUGACAGGUUACCACGACACCGGGGCGUACCCAGCACCAGGUUUUUACAACCCCAUUCCUUGGCAUCCAAACCCGAUUCCGAAGUCACAGAAAACAGAGAGACCUAAAUCCCGACCCCGAUCAAAGAAAUACGUCUGGAAUCCGGACAAAUAUUUUUGAUAAAAAAAUUCUUUGUGAUAUCUUUGUCUUAUUGAUAUGUAGAUGAUCCAGAAAUUUACAUUUCGGGAGAAUUUCGUUUUCCGGGAACUUUAUUUCCAGAUAUUUAAUAUCUGAGUCUAUGGCUGCUUAUUUUUAUUAUUUAUUUUUAUUUGUGAAAGAAUCUUUAAGUUUCACCUGUAAAUGUCUAGGAGUAGAUAAUUUUAGAUAAACUGUGAUGAUCUUGUUUUAAAUGUGACUGUAUAAACGGUAUAUUUAGUAUACAUAGUUUUUGUUAUUAGCACACAUGAACGGAAAGCUCAAUUGAGUUUUUCUGAUCACAUUUUGUCAGGCGUCUGUCCUAAACUUUUUCACAUUUUCGACCUCUUCUCAAGAACCACUGGACUAGUUUCGACUAAAUUUGCCACAAAGCAUCAUUGUAUGAAGGGGAUUGAUUUUUAAUUCAUUAAUUCAAAUGAAGGCCCUCACCCUCUUUCAAGGGGAGAGAAUUAGAAUUGGUGAAAAUUUGGUGUCACCUUUUUAAAAAUCUUUAAAAAAUCUUCUCAAGAAUAACAAAGACAUGCUUAGUAAAAUUGAUAUGUAAGAAUCCCCAAGUAUUUUAGAUUCAAGGCAUAAUGGGGGAGGGGGGAUGGUUAAAGUUUUACAUAUAAACAUAUAUAUAUAGUGUUUAGAAAAAUCUUAUCAACAAUAAAGCCAGGAUCAGUCAUAUUGGAAGCAUCCACAGAAUCAAGUUUGUUCAAAUCACCCACUCCCCAAGUUAGGGUGGCACACAUCAUUAAUUUUUUUUUCCAAGAACAGCAAAGCCGUGAUAAGUUUAUAUAUAAAUUGUGGCUAGAGCACGCGAUCAAUGCUUUAGAUAUAAAUAUGUAGGAGAAGAGGUCUGAUAAUGAAGAACAGCAAGGUCACGUUGACUCAGGUGAGCAACGUGGCACAUAAAACUUUUGUUUCCAUUUAGAUUUUUUUUAUAACUGUAUAUUAUUGCAUUAUGUAAAAAGAAGAAUAAAAUGAUACUAAUUGUU